AGCAAGUCUAUUGCAUUAAAAUGCGUAGGUACGAGGGCGACACAAAAAGUCCUUGCCCGUAUGUUUCUUUUUGCCAAAUUAUGGCUGUAUAUGCGAAGUCAACAUAUUUAUUUCCAGUGGUGGACCUUUCUUGGACCGGCCCGGCCUUAUUUGCCGAUAGCUCCACGGCAUGGCGGUGCUGUCAGUUGUUGAAGAUGGCGUUUGCGCUUCACACGUCCACGGCGUACGAGCAACGAAGUGUGGCCGUCAGAAUCGCCGACAAGCUCCGGUCAUUUCACUGAGAGAGUCUGGACCACCCACCAUACAAUUCGGACCUCGCCCCUAGAGAUUUCCGCGUUUUCUAUCUGCUGAAGUUCCUGGUAGGAUAGCGAUUCACGGGCAACGAUGAAGCCAAGACAGCAGUCGGCGGUGGUUCCACAGUCAGCCGCACGAAUCCUACCACAGGGUCAUCUCAAAUUUGGUGCUGAUAUAUGGGACAAAUGUCUGAACCGGUGUGGGGACUGUAUGAAAAAAUAGCGUAAGCUACGUACGCAUAUUUGUAAUUACCCAUAUAUACCUUAUUUUGGCUAAUAAAAAAAUAAGGGUAGAUACUUUCUAAUUCGCCCUCGUAUUUACUGCUCGUUGGCAUUUUCCUGCACAUGUAUUUAUCGAAUAUAAGCGUCAUGAGCAAAAAAAAAAAAAACAAUUAGCGGCCAAAAAAAUUUCACACAGUGUGUUUGUGCCAUUUUUGAAAAAGAAAUCGUCAUCGCCAUCAAGGAAAGCGUGCCUCCACGUGGAGGCUUGCUGGUUCCCUCGAAGAAGCAGAAGAAGGUCGGGGUGGUCGUACGCCUUCCAGUCUCCGCGUGGCAGCACCGCGUCGUAGCACCGCUUCCGAAACGACGGCGACUUCCCUGCGACCUGGCCGGAGUCCGUGUUGUCCCCCGAAUCUUGGACGCCAACAUCGCACACCUUGCUACCACGUAUUCAAGAACCGAGCGCGCAGAGACCAAACGACAUGGUCGUUGCUGCUGCUUCGCCUACCGACAAGCCCGGCUUGGACAAGCGGAAAGUGUCGGCGAAGAUGCUCGUGUCGCUUUACCCCAGGAUUCCAAAGACUGCCUCUGCGCUGCUGGACUUCUUCAUCAAGCGCGAGAGCAAGGUGUCCCUGACGCGUGAGCCGCUGUCGCACUUCUGUCAGGAAGAGGUAGUUCUCCACGCGCAAGAGUGCCUCCUCAAGCUCAAGAAGCAGGUCAUCACGUACCAGGACAUCCGCGAUAUGGUCGAGAAUUUGGUCGGCCUCCACAACAUGUGUAUAAAGAAAAACACGGAAGUUGCGAAAGAACUCGGUGACACCGUACGCAAGCUGACUAUCAUCGUGGGCGAGGUUGCGACAUCCUUGGAGAAGAUCGCCGAAGUGCCCGUCACGGACUGGAUGGCCAUCGGGGACGCUAUUGUCAACAAGCUUGAACGGAUGAAUCCACCUAAACCACUUCCAUUCGCUAUGUUUAUUCCUCGGAUGCGUGACUUCAAGAACAUGAAGAUGCUCGGGGCCGGCGGCUUUGGGGUCGUGUACCUGGUCACCUACCGUCCUGCUAACUUCGUGGUGACGGUGAAGCUUGUGAACAUGGACCGCUUCAGACGACACAAGCAGGCCGCCAUGGACAAAGUUGUCGCGUCCGUCAUCAGGAACCCCUUCCUUGUCAAGUAUUACUGCUGCUUCUGCGUCAAGGUGAAUCCAGACGGCCGCAUCACUCGUCGGUAGAUCACUGGGAACGAAAAUAGAAGAAGUAAUAAAAAC